CGUGGACGGCGCCUGAGAGCAUCUGUGCUGUUUGUGCUGGUGGCGGCGGCGGCGGCGGGCAACAUGGACAACGCUGGCAAGGAGCGGGAGGCCGUGCAGCUGAUGGCGGAGGCCGAGAAGCGAGUCAAGGCCUCGCACUCUUUCCUUCGAGGGCUUUUUGGAGGAAAUACAAGAAUAGAAGAGGCUUGUGAAAUGUAUACCAGAGCUGCAAAUAUGUUCAAGAUGGCUAAAAAUUGGAGUGCUGCAGGAAAUGCAUUUUGUCAGGCAGCCAAGCUCCAUAUGCAACUUCAAAGCAAGCAUGAUUCUGCUACCAGCUUCGUAGAUGCUGGGAAUGCCUACAAAAAGGCAGAUCCUCAAGAGGCUAUCAACUGCUUAAAUGCAGCCAUCGACAUUUACACAGACAUGGGACGGUUUACCAUUGCAGCCAAGCAUCAUAUUACUAUUGCUGAGAUCUAUGAGACUGAACUUGUAGACAUUGAGAAGGCCAUUGCCCAUUAUGAACAAUCAGCUGAUUAUUAUAAAGGAGAAGAAUCCAACAGUUCAGCUAACAAGUGUUUGCUGAAGGUAGCAGCAUAUGCUGCCCAGCUUGAACAAUAUCAGAAAGCCAUUGAGAUCUAUGAGCAGGUUGGGGCAAACACUAUGGACAAUCCUUUGUUGAAGUAUAGUGCAAAGGAUUACUUCUUUAAAGCUGCCCUCUGUCAUUUCAUAGUAGAUGAGUUGAACGCCAAGCUUGCUCUUGAGAAAUACGAAGAAAUGUUUCCAGCAUUUACUGAUUCAAGAGAAUGUAAAUUAUUGAAAAAACUUCUAGAGGCUCAUGAAGAGCAGAACAGCGAAGCUUACACUGAAGCAGUGAAGGAAUUUGACUCCAUAUCUCGUUUGGAUCAGUGGCUUACUACCAUGUUGCUCCGCAUCAAAAAGUCCAUCCAGGGAGAUGGAGAAGGAGAUGGCGACCUAAAGUGAAUCAUUCCUGUCUUUGUGGCAUGCGGCUAAUUCCUCUUUAGUUUUAGGGCCAACUGAUCUCAUGGGAUGCUCAUUUAAUGGCUUUAUUUUGUUGCACAUGAGCCAAAUGAUGUGUAUUAUUUAAGCUCUUUGUGUUUGUGUCACUGUGAAGCAAGACAGAUGGGAAGUUUCUAUUAUGUACAUAUAGUAUGGGUAAGAUGGGCUACUUUAAACUUGUCAGAGACCCAAGAGUUUUUUUGAGCUCUUAGUCAUUUGAAAUCUGAUUUUUUUAAGAUCUUAUUUCUGAUGUUUUAUUAUUUCCAGAGCCCAUGUUUAAUUUUGCCAUAUAAUUUUAAGUUGUAACCCUGUUCUACUAGAUGUUUUGCCUAUUGUAUAAAUUGGCAUCUGGAUGUAGUUUCUAAAUAUAUGUUAUUUAAGAUGGCUGUUAGGAAA